AUGCAGUAUCGAAAUGGCAACGUGUCGAGGGCUUCGCCGAUGGUUAUAUCUGCUACCCCCCUCGUCGUCUUCGCCGAGCGAGAGUUUGGUUCGCCUCAACGCGGCUCACACGACGCCGAUGACGAUAACGCCGUUGUGUACGUGAGGUCCGAAGAGAGUGUAAGUGCUGCUGCUAUGGACGUUGCAGCCGAGGCUAGCGCCGCUCCGGCGUCAUUCUCCUCGUCUGCUGCCGCAGACCCGCUGCUUAUCCUUCUCAGCCGCCCCCCCCCCCCCCCCCCAGGAGAAGUUCUCCAUGGUUGUGGAUUGGCUCUCGUUGGUGUCAUACUGUUUGACGUACUUUUUGCGCUCCUCUCAGGUGCUCUACACCUUUCUCUUCACCAAAAUGGGCACUUGGUUUUCUUUGGGACUUUCCACAGUCGCAGCUACCUACACCCGCACCCCAGCUCGCUCCUCACUGGUCGGCCGGCAGCGCUACAUGCCUCGCUGCCAAGUAAGCCAAAGCGCGAGACCGACUUCGGUCACUGGGAAACGGCCUCGAAGGCAACAGGAACGACAGCGGGGGUGCAGGUUAGAGACACGACGGCGCGUCGUGGCUGCAACGGCAGCGCCCCCGCCGCAGGGAUUGUACCUCUGCCAGUAGCGCACUUGCCCUUCAAGAAGGUUUCCACCGCCGCACUUAAGCGACACCAGUCUCAUGAAGAUGGCCACCGCUCUCGCAGCUCCUGUCUGGUGGAACGUGAAAUAGAGUGUGCCCCUUGGCAGAGGAGGGCUCGAUGGUGA